ACAUUUACGGUCGUCUCCGACCGAUUCGUUUCGAUCCGUUUUGCUGUCUCUGCUACCCAGAAAAACCCAGGUACUCGGCUCACUCUGGCUCGCUGACUGGCCUUGCCUAUUCCCUCCUGCUUCUCCUUGCAGCUCUCCCGUUCCCGCACUUGUCUCCUUACAACACGAACCACCUGUCGCCAUUUCCCACAACCCUGCACUCGCACUCUUUUCAUUAUGAGUGCUGCAAUUGCAAUGGCUCCCUCUCCCGCUCCUCACGAAAGGUUCUCCAACCCCGAACUACCCGCUCCCUCUACUUCGGCUGCCACCGUUGGAACUUCCCCGUCUGCACAACGGUCUUCUCUCAACCUUUCGACAUCGCAUGCGACAACCCAAUCUUCCACCAGCAGCAGCCCUAAAGCUGCGGGCCAGGGUGCCAAAUCAUCACCCUCCAGCGCUUCACGAUCAGCCGGCGCGCCCCCUAGAAUUAUCGUCAAGAAGGAGCCUGCCUCUCCCAGCAUGACCCAUACGCGACCUCGACCACGCAAACUUGACCUGUCCAAGAAUACACCCAAAUCUAACCAACCAACUUCGGCACGGCCCAUGACAGCCCGUGACGGCCUUGCUAUCCAAGAAGUUGGUAUCGCCUGCCUGUCUCCUGGCUUUGUCACCCAAGACCCUGUUAUGAAGGAGCAGCUGCAGCGAAGCAUGUCAGUUCGAGAACAACAACGACACAUCAUCGAAGCUAGACUUCACCAGCAGUCUGCCAAGGGAGACGGUCCCGAUAAAGAUCCCGUGUCACAGUUCGCCGCCAAGACACCCGGCAUGUCGAGAAGAAAUAAGGCCCCUGGCCUCUCCAUCGUUGCGCCCUCUCAUGAGCAAUUUGCCAACGAGAGAGUUAUCCAGUCUGCGCCUCUUGGCCACAGCUUUACAGGACGUCAACAUCCUGCUCCCAUGACCCGUCACAUCACCAACCAGCCAUCCAACCUUUCGAGUACUUCUCAUAUCCACCACAUUCCUGCUACCCAAACGGCCAACCGAUUACCGCCUAUCAGCGAUGUAUUUGGCCAAGGCCUGUCAGCGCAUCCCGACAAUGCUCCUCAGCCUCAGUCUCUCUACCCUAGUGGUCCCAGCUCUCGUGGACCGAUGACAUCCCCUGGCCACCCUCCACCUCCACAGGCCCCUACGCCUGGACGAGGUCGUGAGUACAGAUCUGCUGAGGAAGCGCAACAGGAGCUUGCAGGUGGGCGACCCGAACUCCUCCCUAAGCUUGUUCACUAUGGUGGACACCAGCCCCCGACACCCCCUUCCCCAGCUCCCGGCAGUCGACCUGUGGAUGCUUCACGAAGCGCUAGCACCAGCAGGCGAAGGACACGCGCUGAAUAUGAGGACGGCAGCCCACCCCUGGGCCAUGGACCUGCUCCCACUCGUCGUGGGCCCUUUGGUGCCGGACGAGAUAGCCCAGAAACUCAGCGAGCCAAGAAGGAAGAGUUCAUUCGAUUAUGCGAACGCGCGUGGGAUCUAUUUCACUCGUAAAACCUCAAAGACAAUAAUCAACAAUAAUCUUUACUACAACGACCAGCUCGCUUUGGUCAUAUUCUUAGCCUAAUAAUCAAGGCGUUAUUUCUGUUUAUUACUUCAACCA